AUGUCUGAUUCCUCUAGCUCUGAACCAUGUAACCCUAACAGAGAAGAUCCUGUUGCUGACUCUGCGAAUACCUCGCAUGCAAGAAGACCUAAAGAAAUUGUGUCAGGCUUCUCCUCAGCAAUCGUGCUUGAUGAACAAACCAGAGAAGGUUCCAGGUAUGUUCAUAAUGCCAUUGCCACUAUGGUGACCGGAAUACUGUCUGGUAAUCAUAAGGUCCUUGGGGUUUCCAUUCCCUUAAACGCCAUUAAACCUGAUAGUGUUGCUUAUCAAGAAAAUAUUGAGUCUUUAGGAAAGAAUAUCUCUGAUGAUGUUGAGAAAACUGGUGCUCAUAAGGAGUCAAAUGUUGACAAACCCUUAGAUAGUGUGGCUGGUGAGGAAGUUCAUGUCACUCAUGAUGUCAUUAACAACCCUAACUGUGAGGCUGAAACAGUAGACCUAGAGGAAUUUUCUGAUAAUGAGUUGUUGUCCUCAGUCGUCCCUAGCAUAGCCAAAAGGGUGAGGACUAGAAGAGAAAAGAAAACAGUGUCUCUAAGGUCCCCCAGAAAGAAGAUUGAUGUGCCAACCUCUUCCAAUCCAAAGGUGGCAGUCGAGAGUUCCCUCGAGAGGAAAGAGCAUGGUCCAACAAAAUCUUGGAGCAAAGGGGUGCCCAAGAAAAAGAAGACCAAGUCUGUUGUUGUUGAGUCUGACUCAGAUGUUCCAUGUGAUGUCCCUGACACUGUGUGGAAAUAUGUUUAUCAGAAGAGGCUGGCUUUGGAGAGGGAAUUGGCUCAGAAUGUCCUGGAAUGUAAGGAGAUUAUGGACCUUAUUCAAGAGGUUGGUUUAAUGAAAACUGUGACUCAAUUCUCAAAGUGCUAUGAGAUGUUAGUGAAGGAAUUUAUGGUCAAUGUGUCUGAAGAAUGUGCUGAUGGAAAGUCUAAGGAAUUCAGAAAAGUGUAUGUGCGAGGCAAGUGUGUACAUUUCUCUCCCUCGGUGAUCAACAUGUAUUUGGGAAGGCCUGAUGUAGCUCAACCUAAACUUGAGGUGACUGACAACAAAAUCUAUCAAGUCAUCACUGCUAAUCAAGUAAGGAAGUGGCCUCUUAAAGAGAAUGAUUCUGUGAAGAGAAGAGAUAGCCCUUUGUCCUUCAAUCAUAAACUAUUCCUAGGUACGCAUGUUCCUGACAUUGCCAUGGCAACAGGUGAAACAUCAAGUGUAUGCAAUCAACCAGGUAAAGCUGCUGUCAUUGCAAUGCUCAAAGAAACGUGCAAGGAGUUAGGGGCAAGGAAGCUCAAUUUGGAAAAUUUGAUUAUCAAGUUGGAGAUGACUGAAGGUGAUGUGCUUGGUCAAGCUGCUGCUGCUGCAGAAGGAGAUGAAAGACAAGGUGAAGAGGGAGAAGCAGAUGUCAGUCCUAAUGAUGGCACAGAUGAUGAUGCUGACUCUGAGUUAGAUAACUAG